GCCGAGUCUUGGCAGGGCGUCACCCCGCACGUGCACGGUACACACCAAGCUCCCGGCAACCCCACCACCCCACCACUCCAAAGUAAUUCUGUAGAAUUCUCUCAACGCUCUCAUCAGUCUCACUCCACCGCCGGAAAGGUGCUCGGCGGGGCUCCAGCCCACCAUGCCAAGCGGCGUUUGGGCCCUGCCGAGUAAUUGUCUUGUGUAGAUAGUGGCGUCUUGAACCUCUUGACUCUUUUUGUUUGUGCCUGGCCAUCUGUUUCAACUCUCUGGUGAAUAAGUUAACCUCGCCAAGUUCCCCUCCGCAGCUUUAAUGCCGGAAACAGACAUCCCGGGGAACCUCGGCAUUCUCUCGGCUGUACCCCCCCCACAGCUCGGCGCCGUCUCCGGACUCCGCACCUUCUGCUUCAUUACUCCUCCGCAGGCCCGUUUUCCGUAUAUUUCACUUUCCAGACUAAUAGUAGUAAAUGUCGGCCGACUUUUGGGCCGGUUACAUCUCCGGUGCGGCCGGCAUCAUCCUCGGCAAUCCGCUCGACGUGCUCAAAGUCCGCCUCCAAGCCGGCAUCACCACCGCGACCCCUUCUUUCCCCAUCACACCUCCCUCCGCCACGCUAUCAACACCCCUCAGCUACAGCUAUGCCCGUCCCUUUCUCCUGGGCACGGCCGCCCCCGUCCUAGGCUACGGCGCCCUCAACGCGCUGCUCUUCGUGUCCUACAACCGCACCGAGGCCUUCCUCAACCAGCUCUCGGGCUGCGACACAGGAGGCGGUGCACCACAGGGGGGCCAGGCGCGCGGCACCAACCUGCUCACGACCUGGCUCGCGGGCGCCGUCGGCGGCCUCGCCACCUGGGUAGUCUCGACACCGACCGAGCUCGUCAAGUGCCGCGCCCAGCUGCAAAUCCCGGCGUCACCAGCACCCCCCGCAACACCGAGUCUCACGCACGCAACCGGCAGCAUCCAUGGUUUAACCCCCUCCCCCUCCCCUUCCUCUUCCCCUUUCACCACCUCUUCCUGGCACAUCACCAAAACCCUCCUCCAAACCCACGGCCCGCGCGGCCUCUACGCCGGCGGCGCCGUCACCGCCCUGCGCGACACCGUCGGCUACGGCUUCUACUUCUGGGGCUACGAGCUCUGCUCCCGCGGCAUGCGCCACCUCUUCCCGCCACCCACCACCUCCAUCUCCACCACCACCGCUACUACUACUACUACCACUCUGGGGGACGGCAGCAGUAGUAGUAGUAGCGCCGGCAUGGAAGCGGCGCGCGUGCUGCUCUGCGGCGGGCUGGCGGGCAUCAUCACGUGGGCGAGCAUUUUUCCGUUGGAUGUGGUCAAGACGCGGGUGCAGACGCAGGUUUUGGGCGGCGGUGGUGGUAAUGACAGGGUUGUUGCGGGGGAGAGGGCGCCCCUUCUUGGUGCUGCCGGCGGCGGUGGUGGCGGUCGUGGUGGGGACGGCGGGAGACCGCUCGGGGCGUGGGAGGUUGCGCGGCAGACGUACCGGGAGGGUGGGAUGCGGCCGUUCUUCAGGGGUCUAGGGGUGUGCAGCGUGCGGGCGUUUAUUGUGAAUGCUGUGCAGUGGGCGGUGUAUGAGUGGGUUAUGGCGGAGUUGGGUCAGGGGAGGAGAGACGCGCGGGAGGGCCAGGAGGUGGGGGCUAUGGCUGUGUAGAUGGGGU